AAUAAAUUGACAAUAAAUAGAAGAAUUUAAUCUAUUUAAACAGGAAUCUAUUUAUGUAUCUAUUUUCUGAAUAUGAUACUUUUUGGAUAUAUUUAUCCAUAUCCAGUCUUAUUCCGAUUCUGGCAUUCUCAAUUUCAAGAAGUUUGGCUCCAAUAAGUAAAGGGGCGGAGAAAGCCACUAGUUAUGAAUCAGGUAUAGAACCAAUGGGAGAUACCUGGAUCCAAUUUAGAAUUCGUUAUUAUAUGUUUGCUUUAGUUUUCGUUGUUUUUGAUGUGGAAACAGUCUUCCUCUAUCCGUGGGCCAUGAGUUUUGAUAUUUUGGGUCUAUUUACAUUUAUAGAAGCUUUUAUUUUCGUGAUUAUCUUAAUUGUUGGUUUAGUUUAUGCAUGGAGAAAAGGAGCAUUGGAAUGGUCUUAACUCCCAAAUUUUGGAAUAAUAAAAGGCGAGUAGAAAAUUAUCUAAAUCUAAAGCCGGCGAUAAAUCCUAUAGAAUCAUCUUUGCUUGAUCAAACAACUUCAAAUUCAGUGAUUUCCACUACUCUAAACGAUCUGUCCAAUUGGGCGAGACUCUCUAGUCUAUGGCCGCUCCUUUAUGGUACUAGUUGUUGUUUUAUCGAAUUUGCUUCAUUAAUAGGUUCGCGAUUCGACUUUGAUCGUUACGGUUUGGUGCCAAGAUCCAGUCCUAGGCAAGCCGACUUACUUAUAACAGCCGGAACCGUGACCAUGAAAAUGGCUCCUUCUUUAGUGAGAUUAUAUGAACAAAUGCCUGAACCAAAAUAUGUAAUUGCUAUGGGAGCCUGUACUAUUACAGGAGGAAUGUUUAGUACAGAUUCUUAUAGUACCGUUCGCGGAGUAGAUAAGUUAAUUCCUGUGGAUAUCUAUUUGCCGGGUUGCCCUCCUAAACCAGAAGCUAUUAUAGAUGCUAUAAUAAAACUUCGUGAAAAAAUAGCUCAAGAAAUAUCUGAAGAUAGAAACGAGUUUCAACAAGGAAAGAGAGCACCAGGGGGUUCCUUAGCUAGUGUAUACCAUCUUACGAAAAUAAACGAUAAUGCAGAUCAACCCGAAGAGGUGUGUAUAAAAGUAUUUGUCCCAAGGGAAGAUCCCAGAAUCCCGUCUGUUCUACGUAUUUGGAAAGGUGCUAAUUUCCAGGAACGGGAAUCUUAUGAUAUGUUGGGAAUAUUUUAUGAAAGUCAUCCAUGUCUAAAACGUAUAUUGAUGCCAGAAAGUUGGAUUGGGUGGCCUUUACGCAAAGACUAUAUUGCACCUGAUUUUUAUGAAAUACAAGAUUCUCAUUGAGUGCAAAAAAAAAAAAGAAUGAAAUCCCAGUAUGAAAAGAGUUUAUGCACGUAGAC